AUGUCCCUCAACUUGGAAGCUAAAAUGCAACCCAAGACUAUGCCACCUAGAUUGCCAUCAAUCGUUGACUCCGACUUGGACUCACUUUAUGCACCUGACGAAAAACCUGAAGUGUUCCAAAACUCUAAUGACUUGCCGCUUGAAACUUUGGUCAACCACAUUUUGCCUCUUCCACAGGACAUUAGUGGAAGAGCGGUCAAGAUCCCAGGCACAUCAAAACCAGGGUUUACAGAAAUAUAUAGAAAUGGUGCUUUUCCAAAUGGGGUCAAACGAUACUUGUUGCCCGAAUUGAACACUUACCAUGCCAUUUUUGAAUCCGCGGUAAAGAGACACGCAGAUAGACCUUGUUUGUCUCAUCACGAAUAUGAUUACGAAAACGAAGAACACAAGGAGAAAUACGUCUCCCUUAACUACCUGGAAGUUAAUGACCGCAAAACCAACUUUGCUAGUGGGUUAUUGUUUUUAUUGGAGACUAAUCCUUACAAGAAUCUCGAUUUGGAGUCCCACCAGAAAAUAGUAAAUCAUGCAAGGGACUACAAGCUGUAUGACGAAGAUGAAUUUUCUUUUGUUGCGACAUUCUAUUCAGGAAAUAGACCCGAGUGGAUUUUAUCAGAUUUAGCAUGUUCCUCAAAUUCCAUUACAUCAACUGCAUUGUAUGAUACAUUAGGACCAGCAUCAUCUAAAUUUAUAUUGGAAACCACCCAGUCGCCAGUGGUCAUUUGUGCCAAGAACAAGAUUGAAGCUUUGAUCAAAAUGAAAGCAGCAAAUCUGAAGGAUCUCGAGUCAUUAAUCACUCUUGUUUCAAUGGACCCGUUAAAUAUUAGGGAGAAGAAAACCGACGCAAAUUUGGUUCAACUUGCUCAAGAAAACAAUAUUAAAUUGUAUGACUUUAACCAAGUCGUUAAGAUUGGAGAAAUUUUCCCUCGAGCUGAAACUACUCCUACUUCAGAAACAACAUUUACGCUCACCUUUACCUCAGGUACAACUGGUGCCAAUCCAAAAGGUGUGGUUUUGCUGCAAAGAUCAGUAGCUAGUGCCAUCCAGGGAUAUUCAGUUUUAUUGCCUCAUCAUAAAGAUACCAAGGAAUUUGCGUUUUUGCCAUUAGCACAUAUUUUUGAAAGGCAUAUGUCUGCAUCAAUGUUUCUUUGCGGAGGUGCAGUUGGAUUCCCCAGGUUAGGUGGGACUCCACAAACGUUAUUUGAAGACUUGAAACUUUUUAAGCCCACAUUUUUUGCCUGUGUUCCCCGUAUUUUCUCCAAGAUGGAAACAAUAAUUAAAGCAUCAACUGUUGACUCAUCAUCAAGAAUCAAUCGAGCAUUGUAUUCCCAAGCUAUUGAAACAAAACGGUCCAAACAAGCAAAGAGUGGAGGCAAAGGUGAACAUUUCAUUUACGACCAAACAUUGAUUAGAAACUUGCGUUCUCGAUUCGGAUUUGACAACAUGGAGACGUGUUAUACUGGUGGUGCACCUAGUGCGCCUGAAAGUAUUGAGUUUUUGAAAGCAAGUUUGGGAAUCGGUAUCAGUCAGGGAUAUGGCUUGAGUGAAUCGUUUGCUGGUAUUAUCAUGGCCUUGCCUUUUCAUACACCUAGUAUUGGAACAUGUGGUUCAAUCAGUCCUAUGGUGGAAGCCAGGUUAAGAGAAUUGCCGGAAAUGGGCUACUAUUUGAAUGACAAGGGUGGUCCAAGAGGUGAAUUGCAGUUGCGUGGACCACAAAUGUUUAGUCACUAUUUCAAAAACCCCGAGGAAACAAAGAAAACCAUUGAUGCGGAUGGGUGGUUUUCAACAGGGGAUGUUGCACAAAUUACAAAUGAAGGGUGGUUUAUUAUCAUUGAUCGAGUCAAGAACUUUUUCAAAUUGGCACAGGGUGAAUAUGUGACUCCAGAAAAGGUUGAGAAUUUGUAUCUUACUUAUAACUCCAUCUUGACACAAGUCUUUGCCCACGGUGAUUUCACUCAAUCCUUUUUAGUUGGUAUUGUUGGUGUUGAUCCGGUCAAUAUUGUGUCAUUUCUUACCGAGAAGUGCAAUAUCCCACUGAGUGGGGUAGAUACAGAAGACAAGAUUCUUGAAGUGUGCAACAGACGCGAGAUAAGAACACGGAUUUUGUUGCAAUUGAACACAAAUAUUGGAUCUAUACUUAACGGAUUUGAAAAAUUGGCCAAUAUAUAUAUUGAGUUUGAACCAUUGAGGUUGGAGAGAGAGGUUGUUACUCCAACUUCCAAGUUAAGAAGACCAAUUGCAUCCAAGUUUUUCAAACCACAGAUUGAUGCCAUGUACAAAGAAGGUUCAAUUUUGAAGGACUUGAAGUUGUAA